GGUUCAAAUACAGCUGUGCUCGGUCACACUUUCGCGCAGGACGUCCGUUCGUGUGUCAGGGGGUGUACACGGUCAUCUUUCUCCUCCAGCGUUUCUCCUCACGGCUCUCCACUUCACUCCAGUUCACCGGGGACUCAAGUGGCUGCUGUCGCAAUUAAGGAACCACGCCUGUUGCUCUCUAAUUCCUUUGCGCCACUUUCUUUUUUACCUCCUUUCCCCCUGGAGCAGAAGUCUCAAGAGCUGAGGAUUUCUCCUUUUGUUUCCCUCUUUAUUGUUUUAUUAUCGCGAGAGCGCAGCCUUGCAUUAGGGAAAAGGACCCCCUGCUCCUGAUCCCGAUCCUGGAGCCUAACAGUCCAGCCGGUCACCGGGAGCGCGCACAGCACAACAGCAAUGGAGUACCUCAAGUUUUGUUUUGUGUUUUCAUGCUGGCUGAAGUUUGCAAACUCUGUCUCCUCUACUGAAACUCCUCAGGCUCCUGCGCCUAUUCCUAAAGAAAAAUUGCUCGUCCUAACUGUGGCGACCGAGGAAACAGAUGGCUUCCACCGCUUCAUGAAGUCUGCAAGCUAUUUCAACUACACUGUGAAGGUGCUGGGAAUGGGAGAAGCGUGGAAGGGUGGCGAUGUGGGUCGGUCUAUCGGUGGAGGGCAAAAAGUCAGACUACUGAAGGAGGCCAUGGAGGCGCUGGCUGACCAGGAGGAUCUUGUUGUCCUUUCCGUGGAUAGCUACGAUCUUAUCUUCGCUGGGGGACCAGAGGAGAUUCUCAGGAAGUUCCAGCAAGUCAAUCACAAAGUGCUUUUUGCUGCCGAGGGACUGAUUUGGCCAGAUAAGCGGCUGGCUGACAAGUACCCCUCAAUCCGCAGCGGCAAACGCUACCUCAACUCUGGAGGUAUAAUCGGCUACGCCCCAUACAUAAACAGAGUUGUUUCACAAUGGAACCUCCACGACAACGAUGAUGACCAGCUCUUCUACACCAAAAUAUACUUGGAUCCUUUACAGCGAGAAACUCUCAACAUAACUUUGGACCACAAGUGCCAGAUUUUCCAGAAUCUGAAUGGGGCAGUUGAUGAAGUGCUUCUGAAGUUUGGAACGGGCCGAGUAAGAGUUAGAAACACAGCGUACGACUCUCUGCCAGUGGUUGUCCAUGGCAACGGAAACACCAAAAUGUACUUGAACUACUUGGCCAACUAUGUCCCCAAUGCCUGGACCUAUGAAAAUGGCUGUAGCCUCUGUGAUGACGACAUUGUGGACUUGUCUCAGCUAAAAGAGUAUCCAAAUGUGCUGGUUGGAGUAUUCAUUGAGCAGCCAACUCCAUUUCUUCCUGAGUUCUUCCAGCGGCUGCUGACCCUUGAUUACCCCAAGGAUAAACUCAACCUUUUUAUCCACAACAAUGAGGUUUACCACGAGAAGCACAUCCAGAAGUUCUGGGAAGAGAACCGGAAUGUGUUCGGCAGUUUCAAAGUUGUGGGACCAGAAGAAAAUUUGAGCCAAGGAGAGGCCAGAAACAUGGGCAUGGAUCUCUGCCGUAAGGAUGCCACGUGCGGCUACUACUUCAGCAUGGAUUCAGAUGUGAUGCUCACCAACAGACAGACACUGAAGCUCCUCAUUGAGCAGAACAGAAAAAUAAUUGGACCCCUUGUCACUCGUCAUAGCAAGCUGUGGUCCAACUUCUGGGGAGCCUUGAGCCUGGAUGGUUAUUAUGCUCGCUCUGAAGAUUAUGUCGACAUCGUGCAGAGAAAACGCGUGGGUGUGUGGAACAUUCCUUACAUGGCACAUGUAUACCUUGUCAAGGGCAGUGUCUUGAGGAAUGAGCUGAAAGAGAGGAACUACUUUGUUCUGGAGAAACUAGACCCAGACAUGGCUUUCUGUAGAAAUUCCAGAGAAAUGACGAGUCACAGAGAAAAAGACUCCCCUUCUCCGGAAUCAUUCCAUAUGCUCAGGCCCCCAAAGGGAGUCUUCAUGUACAUAACAAACCGGCACGACUUUGGGAGGCUCAUUUCCACAGCCAAUUAUAACAUUUCUCAUUAUAACAAUGACUUGUGGCAGAUAUUCGAAAACCCUGUGGACUGGAAGGAGAAGUACAUCCAUCCAAACUACACUCGUAUUUUCACUGAGAACCACAUGGAGGAGCCUUGUCCAGAUGUGUUCUGGUUCCCAGUAUUCUCAGAGAAGGCUUGUGAUGAAAUAGUCGGGGAGAUGGAGCACUACGGAUCCUGGUCUGGAGGCAGGCACGAGGACAAGAGGAUCGCCGGGGGCUAUGAGACUGUGCCGACAGACGACAUUCAUAUGAAGCAAAUCGGCUUCGACAAAGAGUGGCUACACUUCAUCAGAGAGUUCAUAUCACCCGUCACGCUAAAAGUUUUCUCUGGCUACUACACCAAGGGUUAUGCUGUAAUGAACUUCGUGGUAAAAUACACGCCUGAGAGACAAGCGUACCUGAGGCCCCAUCAUGAUUCCUCCACCUUCACCAUCAACAUCGCCCUCAAUAACAAAGACAGAGACUUUCAGGGCGGAGGUUGCCGUUUCCAUCGGUACAACUGUUCCAUAAGCUCACCGAGGAAAGGCUGGAGCUUCAUGCAUCCAGGACGACUUACUCACCUCCAUGAAGGCCUGCCCACCACCAAUGGCACCCGCUACAUUGCAGUCUCCUUCAUUGACCCUUGAAUUCUCUGAUUAUGCUGUAAAUUAGUUAUGAUGUCGCUUUGCUUUUUUCUGUCACGUUUGUUUUGUUUUGUCUGUUGUCGCGUUAUGCCCCAGAUGCUGUGGGGAUGCAAUUCUACUUCAAAGCAACUGCUUUAAAAGAAUACAUGACUGAAUCUCUGUCAAACAGAGCGUAGAGUGCAAAGGAAAGUGGCAAAAGUCAUUCACGGUGUAGGUAUGCGAAUUAGAAAGAAGCAAAUGCUAGCAGGGUACACAAUCGUGUCACACUCCUAUUUCCAUUAAAACCAUUUAUUUUACAUUCAAAAUCAGGAAUUGUUGGUACUGUAGCUUGUCAUGAUUUUUACAAUACUGAUUCAACACUGUCGUGGUAACCGUUGGGGUUGGGCCGAUGGACUAUGCCAUCGUCUACUAGUCUCUGGCCCUUAAAAGGCUCCUCACCAGAGAGCACAAUUCAGAGGCAUGUUCCCUCAGACUUGCCGUAGAGUAAGAGUUGUUGUUGUUUGUGAUAUGUGGCGAAAGGAAAUGACAAGAAGCAUGUUACUGCUCAGUGCGCUGACGUUACUUCUCCUUGUCCUGUAUAUGAUUUUCUUAUUAAACCAGCUCAAUUAGGUGAACCCAAGAGAGAAAUAUUUCUUAGCUAAGCUUCCUUGUCUAGUCGGCCAAUGUUGUUUUAUGCAUAUAAGGCGCAUGUGAUGCGGAGACGAGGCACAGGGAUAUAUGUCGGUGGUAAUGGGAGAUAGUUUCCUCGGCAGGGUGAGACAGUUAGAGAUUCAUGUCAGAGCAACGGUGCGAAACAGCGGUGACUAUAGUGGUGAGCUAAUAUCUGACUGUUGCCUUAUAACAACACUGAGGGGACACGCUACCGCAGAUCCAUGAAAAACAAUGUAAUCAUCCAUCAGGAUGGUUCAGCAUAGAAACUGUCAUAUGCCAAUUCGGCAGACAUCGCCCAACCCUAGUAACCAUUAUAAAUACGCACUGGCAGCUUUGAUAGCAGUUCAGAUGGCUGUUGUGUAUCCAUAGCCGCAUUUCCAGGGACUCUGGACCUUUGGAGUAAGUCAUUGUGUUUCCACCACAGGGACCAGGCUGUAGAUUUAGACAUUAUUUUACCCUUCAAAAAGCCCCUACUCAGGGGGCUUACUUUCCAACAGUACAGACAUUUUGGGGUGGGACAUGCAGUGCUGAAUAUUUCUGAUUAAAAAAUCUUUAUAUGCAAACCAGUUUAGUAUUCGUACAUUGGACUUUGGCACAUCAACAUGGAGUUUUGCAAGAGAGCAUUCGACAGAUGGACCAAUGACGAUGAUAGUUGUUGCAAGCUUCAAUGACGUGUAAAAACAGCUGUCACUUUUUCUUACAUUGGCUGACUAGUUUUGCUGAAUCUUUGUGGUCCUUGGACCACAGUGGAAAUGCAGACAAUAACGGGGUGAAUGAAACUUGUAGUUCCUUUAAAAAGUAGCACCUGGGACUAAAAGUUCUGGGUACUCUGGGUGGAAAUGCAGCUUAUUUGUAUUUCAGGUAAAAUGUCACUGAACGCAUUUAUACUGUAAAAGUUUGUCAUUUACUUAGAAAAUGACGACAGGUGCUGAUGCAGCAAUUAAUGUUUCUGCAGUGGCGGUGUAGGUUUUCUACCCCGACACGGCUCAGAUUCUAUUUGUGAUUUCAAUUAAAAUAAAGUUUGAUAUGUGCCCAGUGAAAAAUAAAUCUCAGUACGGAAUUGUGCACACCAGAAAAAACAAGACAGCAGAAUUCAAUAUGAAUUCUGUUUGAAUGAAGUUCAAUGUUCUGUUUGACUUGAAAGAUUUGUCAUCCUUCUUUCAUCGAAAAUUGUUAAGAAUCAUUUGUUUUCCUGAAAACAUUUCUGCAAUUGUUUUUUUUUUUGUUUGUUUUCCUGAGAGAUGUUUGUGAAUGGAUUUUGAAACAAAAAAUAAAGUUGUUUAACUUAUUGUCAAAAAAUAAUA